GUUCUUGGGGAUCCGGGGGGAGCUGGAUCCGACAUUCAUGCAGACGAAGCGGAACAAGCUUCUUUGGGAAAUCAUUGCAACCAAGAUGAAGGAAAGGGGUUUCCAUCGCAGCGCCGAGCAGUGCAAGUGCAAGUGGAAAAACCUCGUCACUCGUUACAAGGGAUGUGAGACAUUGGAUGGAGAGGGCAUGAGACAGCAGUUCCCAUAUUACAACGAUCUUCAAGCGUUAUUCGACGCGAGAAUGCAAAGAAUACUAUGGAUGGAGGCAGAAGGCGGGAGCAGCAGCGGCGGCUCGAAGAGGAUGAAGGCGGCGUCAAUGGGGAUGUCUUCCGACGAGGACGAGGACGAGGACAGCGAGGUAGAGGCGGCGGCGGCGGCGGCAAAUAAGGGCAGCGGUGGAGGCGAGGGAGGAGGAGCGGAGGGCGAGGGAGGCGGAGUGGCGGCAGACGGUGGNAGGCGGCGGAAGGAGGCGAAGGGAGGAUUAAUAAUAAGUAGCAGCUCGAAUGGCGGCGGCAGUGGGAACAAUAAUACUAAUAAUAAUGCAGCAGCAGCAGCAGGGGUGAGGGAGGUUUUGGAGGAGUUCAUGAAACAACAAGUGCAAAUGGAUGUGGAGUGGAUGAAGGCGGUGGAGGCGAGGGAGGAGGAGCGGAGGGCGAGGGAGGCGGAGUGGCGGCAGACGGUGGAGGCGUUGGAGAGGGAGCGACUUAUGAUGGAGCGGGUGUGGAGGGAGAGGGAGGAGCAGAGGAGGGCAAGGGAGGAGGCCAGGGCGGAGAAGAGAGAUGCACUCAUCAAUGCCCUCUUGAACAAUCUCAUUAGAAGAGACGACGACUUGCAAGGCUAAUUUUGUCCCUCCCCCCACCCCAAAUUGCGGACACUAUGUUCUCUAAUUAGGCAGGCCUGUCUUCCCGGCCAUCAAUUAUGUUAGUCUUUAUAAUGUGAUGAAGGGAACUUUUGAAUUGAUUGGAUUUGUGGAAUGUGACCCUUUAAUUUCGACAUGAGGUUUCUCUCUAAACUUAAUUCAUGCUUUGUGGGUAAAAUUAAAAUAUGAUGAAUAUAUUAUUACGGAGUAGUAAAAUAAUAUGAUGUGAUAGUUAGUGUAAUUAAGAAUCAGUAUGGGU